AUGUUUCGCAGAAGCUUGUUCAUCCAGACGCAGACGACUCCCAACGAGAACGCAUUGAAGUUCAUUCCCAGUGGAACUCGAAUUUUGCCAACGCAGCAGACGCCUACGGUGGAAGUGACCAGCAUAAAGGACGCCAUUCAUAAGUCCGAGCUAGCGCUCAAGCUUCUGUCCAUCAACGACAAAGCGAUCUCGUCGAUCUUGUUUGGCUAUGACUUUAUCACUAACAACGAGGUGAAGCCUCAGAAUUGGAACGUUCUCAAGCCGCAAAUUUUUGCCUUGCUCACUGAGCAUUUGACCAUGGGCAACACCGUGCUUUCAAAUGACUUCUACGACCGCCUCGUGGAGAAGUCCCAGUCGGGAUUCACCGGCUCGAAGGACGAGUUUGAUGAAGACCUUACCCCAGAAGAAGAAGUGGUGGCUUUGAUCCAAGAGCUGUUGACUACAAGAAUCCAACCUGCCAUCCAAGAAGAUGGUGGUGACAUUCAGUACAUCAGUUUUGACCACGACAAGGGUAUUGUUUAUCUAAGACUCAUUGGUGCCUGUAAGUCUUGCUCAAGUUCAGAAAUCACCCUCAAGUCGGGUAUCGAAGACAUGCUUAAAUACUACAUUGACGAAGUCAAGGCGGUAGAGCAGGUGCAGGACGAAACCUUCAAGAAAACGGAACAAAAAAUAAGUGACAAACAUGCAGAUACUCCAAAGUUUGAGAAACACACCGUCGAUGAUCUCCCUCCUGCAUUAUGA